CCACCUCCAAUUCUCUACCAAUUUCCCCACCGCCACGUAACGUGAAUAUCCAGGUGUCUACGAUCAGGCUCUACGAGUACUACCAUGGCCAGCUUUCUUUCCCGCACCAGCGCGGCGCUUCUGCUCGCUGUCGCGCUGAUCUCCCAGCUGCCCACCUCAACCCGCGCAGUCCCGGUGGCCCAAUUGGUGGCUCAGCUUAAGGACGUGGACGUCCAAGAAAGCCUCGUGGCGCGUCUCUUCGCGCUGGACGGCACCAAGGACAUCUCCGGCGUGACCAUUCUCAUCGCGCGGUCAGACGUCAUCAGUUCGGCGGCCCCUAGCUACGCUGCGCAGGACAAUUCGACGCGCAAAUACAACCAGGCGGUGUACGACGCGCUCAAAGCCAUGAACGAGGCGUCAAGGGCAAGCGACAGCGGGUGGUCAACGGCCCUCCAGGGCAUCCCUCCUAACGUCGCCGGCACGCUGACGGACAUUUGGAAGUUUCAGAUCAUCAAGGAGUAUAUCCCGCCCGCCGUCGCCACCCAAAAGUACUCUAACGGAGGCCCCUGGGAGCUCCCCUCACUCGAGGGGCAGCCGCUGUGGCUGUCGUCCACUGGCGGGAUUUGGAGCGUGUCGGGCAUGUCGCCUCAGCAGCUGGCCAACACGCCGGUCCCGAAAGGUCGCUCCGGCCUUCCCAUGCUUGACGGCAGCCCCUUCGCGUUUAGCACGCUGACCGCUGCAGACAGCGUGCUGGAUAUUCCGAAUGAGGUCGCUGUUUAUAAGAGCUAUGCGGUGCUCUUGCCGUACAACAUGGAUGCUCUUAGCGCGUAUGCGGGUAAGCAUGCAGAGACACCAGUAGAGACACACACACACCACCUACUGGCCUUGCUUGGCCUGGCGCUCGUUACACUCCUGCUGGUGUAACCGUAACAUGUUCUGGUGUACAGUCAUGCUAGCACGAGUACGAGACAGUGCCUUGUUGCCAUGGCACGCUGAGGGAGGGUACUGCUGUUUUGUACAAGCUUUGCUGUGGUGCGUGAAUGCUGUGAUGAUAGGAUGAUAGGAUGAUAGGAUGAUGUGAGGCUGUGGUAGGUGGAACGGGGGUGUGUUGUUGUGGGGGGAGUAGAUCUGAACAAGCGUACAGGGGUGUGUUGUUGUUGCUGUUUUGUGGCACUGGGCCUCCAAGUGUGCGACCGACUGAGGGGGCAACAGGGGUGUGUUGUGGUACAGACAGACUCCUAAUAAGGCCAUGUGCCACUC